UUGGAAAAGAGCCAUGACUCUGGCCUUAAAUUCCAAAAAUAAAUUAGGGUUUGUCAAUGGCUCAAUCAAAGCUCCCUCAGAAGAAAUUAAUCAUGAAGAAUAUGCAGCAUGGUCUCGGUGCAACGAUAUGGUUCAUUCCUGGAUUAUCAACACUCUUAACCCAGAAAUCUCAGACAGUGUCAUCUACUACUCAACCGCUCAUGAAGUAUGGGAAGAUCUUUAUGAACGAUUCUCUCAAAGCAAUGCACCUCGCAUCUUUGAAAUUCAGCGAGACAUUGCUUGCCUCCAGCAAGAACAACUCUCAGUCUCUACAUAUUACACAAAAUUAAAAGGGUUGUGGGAUGAACUAUCUUCCUAUAACGACACAAUACGGGGAACACAGCAAGAACAACAAAAAAUGAUGCAAUUUUUAAUAGGAUUGAAUGAUUUUUACAGUGCCAUUCGCGCACAGAUCUUGCUGAUGAAUCCCCUCCCUUCAAUUCAUCAAGCAUACUCUUCAAUCUCACAAGAAGAGAAAUAA